AUGUUCGUGACUUUUCGGUCAAUCUGGACCAGUGUUGGUGACUUUUCGGUCAAUCUGGACCAGCUCAUAGACGCGAUCGUUGUCGAAGCGCCGCAAGUCCGGGACGCGCGCUGGACGACAGCUUCGACCAGUGGCAGGGUAGUGCGGUACUUGGAAGUUACCUACAAGCUGGUCAAGGCGGGCUACAAGAUGAGCGCGGCGGUGCCAGGGCCUGCCACUUUCGAAGUGCCCUUCCUGCCCAUGUCCCCUGCCCUGGAGGGCAUCCCAGGUGAGGAGGAGGGCUUCGACCCAAUGGGCUUCUCCCUGGCCUUCGAGAUCGGCUGGCUUCGCGAGGCUGAGCUGAAGCAUGGCCGUGUGGCCAUGCUUGCGACGGUCGGAUGGAUCAGCACCGACCUGGGCAUGCGCGUCCCCGGGGAUGCCUUCCAGGUCUCCACUAUUGAGGCGCACGACGCCAUGGUCAAGUUCGGUGGAAUGCCACAGAUCCUCAUCUGGUGCGGGCUUCUCGAGGUGCUGGGCUUGUUCGCCUACGUGAACAUGCGCGAGGGCAAGACCGACCGCAAGCCGGGGGACUUCGGCCUCCGCGGCUUCUACCCCCAGGAUGCCAAGGGCCAGUACGAGAUGCAGGUGAAGGAGCUGCGCAACGGGCGGCUAGCGAUGUUGGCCUUCUCAGGCAUCGUCACCUCGGCGGUGCUGACGCAGGAGAAGUGGCCCUUCUUCGACGCUGUGAUCUCAGCGGUCGCAAGGGAUGAGAAGGCGCCCCAGGGAUCCACCUUCUGCGGCAACGCCGCCCCUCAGCGAGCCGGGGCCCGCACCGUUCGACAGGCCUCCGCCAGCAAGAGCCUGCCUUUCCUGCCAAAGCCCCAGAAUCUCGGCGGCCUCGUGGGUGGGGAGGCCGAGUUCGAUCCGGUUGGCUUCUCUGACAUCAUUGACAUCAAGUGGCUGCGUGAGGCGGAGCUGAAGCACGGCCGUGUCUGCAUGUUGGCCACCAUCGGUUUCGUCGCGGAGCAGUACUGGCAGCUGCCUGGAUUCGACGCGGCACCCGAUGCCCUGCAGGCCGUCUGGGUCGCUCCGGCCAACGCCACGGGCGUUCUCCUCUUCUUGGCGGGAUACAUCGAGAGCGCCAGCUACGGCGGCAAGAUCACGAUGCUCGACAUGUUCGAGGGCGAGGGCGCCAACCGCGCACCGGGCGACCUGGACUUCGGGAAGCGCUUCCUUCCCACUGACAAGGCCAAAGCUGAGGACCUGGCACUGAAGGAGCUCACCAAUGGCCGCUUGGCAAUGCUGGCUUUCUCAGGCAUGGUCCACCACAACCUGAUCGUGAAGGGCCCGCUUUUCCCGCUGUUCCCGGAGGGCUACACGGGGCCGCAGGGCGCUUGGGACCUCGACAGCACGGCGGGUGCGCUGAACAGUGGCCGCUGGGGUCUCUAA